AUGCUCCCACAGGUCAUUCGGAUUCUGUAUGUCUUGUAUUUCUGCUUUUUCCAACGAGGCUUUAUCAGACUGAGCUCCUGUAAGGAGGAGAUAAAGCCCCCCAGCAGGGCAGGACCGCAGCUCUCGCCGUCUGACUUCCUGGACAAGCUCAUGGGGAGAACAUCAGGAUACGAUGCCCGCAUCAGACCCAACUUCAAAGGCCCAGCUGUAAAUGUCACCUGUAAUAUUUUCAUCAACAGCUUUGGGUCCAUCACAGAAACUACAAUGGACUACAGGCUCAAUGUAUUUCUACGACAAAAAUGGAACGACCCUCGCCUAGCGUACAGCGAAUACCCAGACGACUCCCUUGAUCUGGAUCCAUCCAUGUUGGACUCCAUCUGGAAACCGGAUUUAUUCUUUGCAAACGAGAAAGGAGCCAAUUUCCACGAGGUCACCACUGAUAACAAGCUGCUGCGGAUUUUCCAAGACGGCAGCGUUCUGUACAGCAUUAGGCUGACUCUUACCCUGUCCUGCCCUAUGGACUUGAAGAAUUUCCCAAUGGACAUUCAGACCUGUACAAUGCAGCUUGAAAGCUUUGGUUACACCAUGAAUGACCUGAUCUUUGAGUGGCUGUCUGACAACCCCGUUCAGGUGGCUGAUGAUCUUACCCUCCCCCAGUUUGUGCUAAAAGAGGAGAAGGAUUUGGGCUACUGCACUAAGCAUUACAACACAGGUCAAUUCACCUGCAUUGAGGUGAAGUUCCACCUGGAACGUCAAAUGGGCUACUACUUGAUUCAGAUGUACAUCCCCUCCCUCCUCAUCGUCAUCCUCUCAUGGGUGUCAUUCUGGAUAAACAUGGACGCUGCACCAGCCCGAGUGGGUCUGGGCAUCACCACGGUACUGACGAUGACCACGCAGAGCUCUGGUUCAAGGGCCUCGCUGCCAAAGGUGUCCUAUGUAAAGGCCAUCGACAUUUGGAUGGCGGUGUGCCUUCUGUUUGUGUUUGCUGCCCUGCUGGAAUACGCAGCAGUUAACUUUGUCUCAAGGCAACACAAGGAGUUCAUCCGGCUGAGGAAAAAGCAGCGGCAGCAAAGAAUAGAGGAGGAGCUGGUGAGGGAGAGCCGUGGUUUUUACUUCCGGGGUUAUGGACUGGGUCACAGCCUGCAGAACAAGGAUGGUACCGCUGUGGAGGGGGCCACUGUGUUCACCCGGCCGCCGCCUCUUCCUCCUCCAGUUACCUUGUACGACGGAGAGGUACUUCACAAGCGUUUUGUGGACCGGGCCAAGCGCAUUGACACCAUAUCCAGAGCAGUCUUUCCCUUGAGCUUCCUCAUAUUCAACAUCUUCUACUGGUUCACCUACAAAGUGCUGCGACACGAGGACAUCCAUGCAAAUUUGUAA